AUGAAAAGUACUGAACCACUUCAAUCUGGCACUCCAGUUAAGCUGAGUUCUUUGACUACGACUUCUAGUGUGGUUAUAACGACAUCAGCAGUACAAUCAGCUGUGUCAGGAAAUUCUGGUCUAAACACGGCAGCAACAACGAUUGUAAUUCAGACGCCUGGCCAGCAUAAAGCUGAAACUUUAACAUAUCGAGCAAACAAUAGUCAGCAGCAUAAUCAUCAGUUUCCUCGAAUACUUGCUAAUGCCUCAAAUGGCAUAGCAAACACGAAUACAACAACGACGGUUUCGUCUAGUACUCCAAUUCUGACAACUAUUACUUCCUACACAUGUCCAACAACUUCACCUGCAACAAAUACAUCUCCGAGACCUACAUCAUCUUUCCCUAUAUCUGCGGAAAGUUCCGCGGGGAUAUUAACAACAUGUUCAGCAUCGUCUAGUUCUUAUGGUCUGUAUAUCAGGAAGCCCGAUCCGAGACAAAGAGCGAUAUCUCGCCGCACGUCGCAUACAUUACUUUAUGUGCCCGAACAACGUCGUGUUUCUAAUGUGUCGGGAAAUUCUAUAGCAAGUUGUCCGUGUCCAUCAGAGCUAUCAGAAGAAUCUGAUGUGUUAACGCAGGAACCACCCAGACUGAGUUUGAACCUCAGUCCAGUUGUCAGUAGGCGCAAAAGUGUACAGACAGGUGCUCCUGCAAUAGGUUUCCGCCCUCUUCGUACCUUCGAGCGUAGAGCCAGUCAGCCGACGCUACAGCUUGAACUUUUGAAAAUUUCACCUAAACCGGACUCUGUUGUAUCGACUAAUGGUGAUAAUUCGGAUAGUGCGUCUGCAGCUGCACCUGCGGACCAAAACGUGCUACCAAUCGACAAAUCAAAAAUGUUAACGAAGCGGGUGUCAUGGCUGUCAAUGAAGAGCCUUCAAGACUCAGAGCGUGGUCGGCGACCAAGCAAUGGAUCAAAUCGCGGUAGUCCACUAAGAACAGCAUCGCAAUAUGGAAGCCAAAUUCAACUAGAUAUUGAACGAGAGUUUGAUUCUGAUACUCCUCCACUAGAUACCCUAAGCUGGAGUAAUGUUGGAAAUGAAUAUGAUAACGUAACAUUAAUGUACGCCAAACAUGAGAAGAUCCCCAUGAAAGAUUUUGGCUCUGAAAUCAGAGCCACCAUGGACAUUGACCACUUGCUAAACAAAGCUGUUUUGCUUCUUGAUCUUCAGGAAACGAGUUUAGAGGAGAUAUUCGCAAAAAUUAUUCAUGAGAUGGAUAUCCAAGAACCAGAAUUCACAAGUGAGCAAGUUCGAGCAGUUCUAUUCACUCAAGAUGCUGGAAAUCAAUUUCACAUCCUUAGUAGAACAGUUCAAUCUAUAUGUACAACUGGUUCAAUCGGUGGAACAUUUGAUUAUGAUCAAACAUGGAUUUGUGCAUUGUGUAUGCUGAACACAGUUCAACAUCGACAUGUAGCCAUUGCUCGUUUAUCACAUCCAACUAACUUAGGACGUACGAUGCAAGACCUGCGAUUCAUUAUUAUCGUCAUAGCCCCGAGUAGAGCUAAAGGAACAAAGACAGCUUUAGAAACCACACGAACAUUUGCAACACUUUUCGCUGAUAUGGAAAUUCGUCAAAGGCUUGUCAUGGCUCAAACAGUGGAACAAUUUCGGUCAACUCUUCUUUCGGCAGCAAAAGAGCUCGCAAUGGAUCAAAAUCAAUGGCGAGAGAGGAAAACAUCAAUUCAUCUAAGCCAAGCAAAAGAACAGAUUUUUGGCCCAAACGCUUGGUAUCCAUUUCGAGGAUUGAAGGAAGAGUUUAUUCGCCGUUUACCAUACUAUCCAUCUGAUUUUAUGGAUGGCCUGACAGGGCAUCGAACUCUUCAGAAGCUGUUUUCUACAGUUGUCUUCCUAUACUUUGCUUGUUUAUUGCCAGCUAUAGCGUUUGGAGUAUUGAAUGACGACAAUACAAACGGUGGAAUAAACGUACGUAAAGUUAUAAUAGCUCAAGCUGUCGGUGGAAUAUUCUUCUCGCUAUUUGGUGGACAGCCUAUGAUUAUACUUUUGACAACAGUUCCGUUAGCUAUUUACAUAAAAGUAAUCUAUAAGAUAUCCGAAGAGCUGGGAUAUGAUUUCUUCGCAAUGUACGCUUGCGUUGGGUUAGUUUGUCAGCUGUUCCUGGUGCUCUAUUCGGCUACUGAGUUAUGCUCUUUGAUGAAAUUAGCUACUAGAUCGGCAGAAGAAAUGUUUUCAUUGUUCAUAGCCAUAGCUUUCACUGUUGAAAGUAUUCGGGCACUACAUAAUAUAUUUGUGAAGAACUACAAUGGGUGUGAGGAUCCAGAUGAAUUCAUAAGGAAUGGAAGUGAUUUAGGAGCUACUUUAAUGAACAAUUUCACAUCUAUAACAUCACCAGCGAUUGACAUUUCAACAACUGUUUGUCGUAGAGAUACCACCAUAUUGUAUAUGCUUCUCAUGUUUGGAACAUUAUGGCUUGGGCUUUUCCUCUUCAAUUUUAGAAAAACUCCAUACCUCACUAGAUCACGUCGUGAAUGGUUAGCUGAUUAUGCCUUGCCUGCGUCUGUUCUUAUAAUGUCUUUCAUAGGAUCAUAUCUUUUUGCAGAUGUGCAAAAAGAUAGAUUCAAGAUGAGAACAGAAAUUCCUCUACUACAAGUAGCCGAUAUCUUUUCCCUACCACCUUCAGGAUAUUUUGUGUGUCUUCUGCUCGGAUUUUCGUUAUCAUUUCUAUUUUUUAUUGAUCAGAACAUAACGUCAGCGAUAGUUAAUAACUCUCAAAAUAAAUUGAAAAAGGGUCAAACUCAGAAUUUGGAUUUAUUCGUUGUUGCGAUGCUCAAUAUAGGACUUUCGUUAGUUGGUCUACCAUGGAUGCAUGGAGCUUUACCUCACUCUCCGCUUCAUUUACGAGCUUUAGCUGACGUCGAAGAACGAGUUUCACAGGGACAUGUGCAUGAAGUGAUAAUGAAUGUUCGGGAAACACGUAUGGCUACAUUAAUUGCGCAUAUCUUAAUAUUAUUCUCAACUUUUUAUUUGAUACCUUAUCCUUUACAACAAAUUCCAACGUCUGUACUACAUGGAUUGUUUUUAUAUAUGGCAUUAACAUCCUUAUCUGGCAAUGAGAUGUUUGAAAGAUUAUUGUUACUCAUUACAGAACAACAAGCUUAUCCUCCAACUCACUACAUCCGUAAAGUUCCUCAGCGAAAAGUUCAUCUUUUCACAUUUUGCCAAUUAUUACAACUAUUAAUAUUAUGUGCUUUUGGCUUUUCACCUUAUCCGUUUGUUGAAAUGGUUUUUCCUAUUGUAUGUUUCUUCUUUUUACCUAUCAGACACACGUUAAUACCGAGAUUGAUCGAUUACAAAUAUCUCGACGCUUUGGAUGGUCGUCAUUAG